CGACGCAGUAACCCGAGCGACGUCGUCCUGCACGCUCCCUUACGCUUCUCUUAAAAUCUCGUAGUUCGUUAUCAUAACAACUAAUUUCUUCAUUCAGAUGUUCAACAUCUAGGUCGUAAUUUUGUGAACUUUGUGUCUGUGUGUUACGUGCCUUAUUACUAUUUCAUAUCAACAAUAGCCUUGUUAAUGCUAAUAAAACAAUACGAUCUGCAGUUUGUUAAUGUGAGAUUUUGAAUAUUACUUAGUGUAUCUCAUACUGUUUAUAAUAGAUUUCCUUCAGUUUAAUCAAAUCGCCCGCACCGACCCUCAAUUUACUAUCAAUUUUUAUCGUAAAGGUCGUAAAUUUUUCAGCACAUUCUCGUUUGCUUCUGGUGCCGCCCGCACAGUCAUCUCAUUCCUGUCGGCUCGGUUUGCCUCGUUCCCGGCCUUCCUAAAUAUUACAUUCAUUCAGCAACGUCUCGGAGUCACUGAUGAAUUUUUAACUCCACUUUCCAGUUCUUGUACACUAUGUUUUAGGUAAUGCAACAUAAUGUAUUAGCUUCCUAUACAUUCCGUGACCAAUGCGGUUCGCAAAUCUAAAUACAAUGUAAUCGUAUUUUGGGGUUUCUAAAUCGUUUGUCCUCUAUAUUUGUGCCAAAACAUGAACGCGCUGCGUUGUUAGGAUUAUUUUAGUAGUAUUUCUGGAGACGUAUAAUUUGGUACGUCUGGUUGUGUUGCCAAGUUGGUUAUCUGUGGCCGUGUUUGUUUACAAGGCGCCCGGCACCGGUGUCCAGCACGCUCUGAUCGUAAACUUUUACUAUCACAUUACGUUCUUCUUUGUAUUAUGUUUUAGUCGGUGCUAUUUGGAUUUUUUUAUUGAACUUUUAAUACGAACGCUUAUUGAAUCUAUCGUCAGUCGCGCCUAAUGCGCUGACGAGUGGUGCGCGUUGUUUGUCUCGUGGUGGUGGUAUAAAAUCAUACAAGAUACAGCGUUGGGAGUUUGUGGUUCACGUCAGUGUGAAGAAAGGGAGUGGAGGAAGGCACCCGUCAUGGCGCGGUGAUGGUCCCGCCGAGCGCGCGCGCCGCAAGCGCUCGCUCGACAUGCGCCUUUGCGGCUGUUGUCUUGUAAGCGGAGAGCGCAAGUCGUCUGAGGCGGAGGAGGGCCGCCGCGGCGGCAGCGGCGGUGGCGGGUCGCGGACGUCUAGUGUGUCGGACGAGGGUGGGUUCAAUGAGCCCUCGCCCGAGGUAGUGGCUCGUCUGCGCCCCGCCGACUACCGUGAGCCGCCACCCGUACUGACCAGAGACCAUCGCGAUCACGAGCGCGCACGUUCCGACCCUGAUACGCUUUCUGCCGCACAGCAGAUGUUCAACGCAACAUUUCAGGAUUCUGGCGUAGUUGUGAGCGAAGCGAGUCAAGGCUCAAUUGAGGUGCUCGACAAGUCGACCACCAGCCAAUGGAGCGUCUCCGAAGCAGAAGCCGUGCCGGCCGAGCGCGGCCCGGAAACGACCGAAGUCGCCCAGUCGCGUUGGGACGCCGACGACGCCAAACAACCCGACAGCAUGACCCCUGACGAGGCUGAGAUACUACUUAGUUCUAGCAUUUUGGAGAAGAAGCUUAGACAAGAAGCUCUCCUAUCGGACGAGCAAGCGCAGGAGAUAGUAGCUAUGCUAUCACCUCACAACGGAGUUUCGCUCAACGAUAGCUACCAGUCCGUACUCUCCUACGAGAGCAUGCAGUCAGUGGAUGAGAGCUACGAAUUCGUAUCUCUGGAGACAGAAGCAAACAUGGCGGGCGGCGACCAGAAGCAGCCACAGGAGAAGGUUGAGGAAAGCGACACCGUGUUCAACCACUAUCCACCACAGCAGCUGCGUGAGUUAGGGGAAGAAAACGGCAUACACUACUUUGAAGAUGGUCACUUUUAUACAGAGGUGGCCGGUCUCCCACCGAUAGAGGAAGACGAAGACGACGAUUACUACCCGCCGGUAUUUGUUAAGAAAAAUAGCAAAGUUAAAUUCAGUUCAAAUCCUAUGAAAGUGUUCUCGACACACUCUGUGCGCGAAUACGAUCGUCGCAAUGAGGACGUGGAUCCCGUGGCAGCAUCGGCCGAAUACGAAUUAGAGAAGCGAGUCGAGAAGAUGCAUGUGUUCCCUGUUGAUCUUGUCAAGGGCGCUGAUGGACUCGGCUUAUCUAUUAUUGGAAUGGGCGUUGGUGCUGAUGCAGGGCUAGAAAAGCUAGGUAUAUUCGUGAAGACCAUCACAGAAAGCGGCGCUGCAGCUCGUGACGGACGCAUACAGGUCAACGAUCAAAUCAUCGAAGUCGAUGGCAAGAGCUUGGUGGGCGUAACCCAAGCGUACGCAGCAUCGGUGCUGCGCAAUACCUCCGGGCCGGUGAAGUUCUUGAUCGGGCGCGAGAAAGACCCCGACAACAGCGAAGUCGCUCAUCUCAUACGACAAUCGCUUGCUGCCGAUAAAGAGAGAGAGGAGAGGGCGGUGCGCGAGAGACAGCGGCGGCAACAGAGCGAGGAGGACGAGACGGUGCACGCGCCCGUUGACGUCGCAGCCAACACUCGCCAUCCCGACAUUGGAGAGUUGCGCGCACUACUUCACGAGCUGGUGGGCAUGGAAGCGGCGGGCGGCGGAUCGGCGGAAAUCAGCGCUCGGCUACGCGACUGGUGCGCCGUACGCGCGCCCGACGAACUCAAGCGCGCAGCGGACACUGCGCAUCGCGCGCGCAAGAAAUACGACAAGGCUCGUCGCGCACUGCGAGAAUGGCGUCGCACGCGCGCAAUGGUGCGUGCGCGGGAGGAGUGGUGGAGCAGCGCUUUGCGCGACGCGCACCGCGAGUACGCUUCUGCGCUGUCCGCGCUGCACGACCGCGUCGCCAGACUCGAAGUGCUACUGCUAGAGACGCAGAAAAAGGCGGGUCUGCCGGUGAUGCUACCACACGAACCGUCAGCACGUCGCGAGACACCUCCGCUCCCGCGACGGCCCGACCCUGAUCCUUUGCUCAUUAAUGAUCCAUGGAGUUCCGAUAGCGAUUUGUCCGACAUAUCACCCGUAGAGGACGAAUACGCGAAAGUGGACAAAUCGGAACGGCGCCGGCAGCGCGAUGCUCCGGACAUCGGCGACGUAACUGUCACCGCCAUCAGUGAAGACACGUCUGUCCCUACCACUAACACGGUCACUGCUAUAGCUGCAGCUGUGACCACAGCGGUGGCUCCUACGCCGGCUGCUGUACCCACUACUACAGUAUAUCAGACCGCUGUGUAUGAAUCCCCUGCGACAGUCACUGCACUCCCUACUACAGCAACAGAUACCUUGCUGAGUUCGACGGGUAGCAUCGGCUCAACAGGCAGCGUCGGUCGCGGCGAACCGUCAUCGGUGGCUGUCGCUUCCCGCGAGCUCGACGCGGCCGUCCCGCGUGGGGCACUACUCGACUCGAGCGCUGCGCGUGCUCGGACUGAUCUUGCACGCGCGAGGCCGCAUGCACCGCACUCUUCGCCACACUCGCCGCAUUCGCUCAGCAAUGCCUCCUCCUACGAUGGACUCGACGACUCGUACAACGAAUCCGCAGACGAGUCACUUAGCGAAUCUACAUCGGGAGCGCCCACUCACAGCGGCCAGAACAUUCAACGAGAUACGCGGCAAAGUUGUGGCAGUUCAGGGGGCAGCGCCGUCGACGACGCUGUUUACUCGCGCGAUCACCGGCAUCAUCCAACAGGUCCCGCGGCGUCCCUCGCGGAGCAGCUGAAGCAGGUGCUGGCGGAGCGCGAGCGGCGGCUGACGGGCGAGACGCGAGAGACCCGCGACUCGUUGUCUCGCGACUCGCUGCCGCGAGAGGCGCGUGACCCCCGUGACUCCCGCCUCGCGCCCCCCUCGCCGCACCACCCCGACCCCGUACGCCUCACCGAUGAGCUCGUCGACGAGAUCCGCCAGGCCGUUAGCGAGGCCAACGCCCGAGUGAAGAAAGCUCCGGCUUGUGUAGUCGGGGGUGAGGUGCCGUGGCAGCCGCUGAGCACCGCGGUGUCAGAGGCCAGCCUCUCGCCGUUGCCCGGGCCCGUCUCGCCGCAUCCGCCCGCGCAGUGGAGCAAACAACAGGUGUGGCAGUGGGUGAGCGGGUUAGGUGAGGGGCUGGAGCGACACGCAAGUGCUUUUGCUGCUCGCGGCGUGGACGGCCCGCUGCUGCUAGCACUCACCUCCGCCGACUUGAAGUUGCUGGGGCUGGGUGGUGACGACCGCCGCCGCAUGAAGCGUCGCCUCAAGGAGCUGCGCACCGCGCACGAGAAGCUCCUUAAGGCUCUCAAGAAGGCAGAGAAAAAGGCCAAAAAGAAAUAAUUUUGCCACCGCCGACACCGCGUGCCAUCUGCGACGUGCUCUCGGUUCAGAUGAUGCCCGAGGCCGUCGCUCUCGAAACUCAUUCUCGCGUUUGCCGAAGUCGAAUCGAUCGUGCUGGGUCCCUGCAUAGAAUGUUAGCAACCUUUUCUUUUUCCCUCAAAUCUUUCACGUACUAUCUAUACUCCUACUGAUGGACUUACCUGAGCGCUGAAUCAACUCGUACUUAGGUAAACAAGUACCUGUAAUUGAAAUUAAGGCUGCUCUGACUUAGAAUUUAAAUCUAUAUGGGAGCCAAUGACAUGAUUCUAAAAGUUGACACGUCUGUCUUUCCCUUUCCAUCUUUCUAAUUUUGUGUGUCAGCUCCAUGGAUACGCUGCCAAUAUAAAAUGUUAUGUAAUUUAUGUAAUAUUAGAACACCUGAAGUUAAAAUACGUUACGAAUGUGUUUUGAGUGAAGAUUGAUUCGACAUUGGCGGUGGGUUAAAGCUAUGUCCGAUAGCGUAGCGAGUGCCAUCUGACCUAUAGCUUAGAGUUUAGUGACGUUAGUGCUGCUUCGAACGAUGAAACGAAUAUAAUUAAUCGAAAAUUAGGUGUAAGUGAGUAUUGAAAAGGACUAGUAGAACUCAACUAGACUAUUUAUGCAGUAUACAAAAUCCAUUAAACGCAGAUAUUCCGUUGGGACUGUACAAUUUAUAUCGUUCCUGUAUUUUGUAUUUAUUGUGUCAGGUUCUUCAUAUUUUAGGUAUGAAGCAAAGAAAUGUUGAAAAAACACUGGCUCAAUCUAGUCAUAAGAUGAAUUGUAAACUCGAAAGUCGUGAAUUCUUGUAAUUCGAAGGUUUUCCUUAGAUUUUCACUUAUUUAAGAAAUAAUGUAUCCUUCGUAAAAUCGCCCGCUACUUAUUUAUGACAAGUAUGUAUCGUGAUAAUUUAUGUUAAGACUCAUGCAAUGCAAAACAAUUUCUGUAGAUUUUGGCAUUUAUUUAUCGAGUAUAUUGCACAAAAUGUACUUAGUAAUAUCGGCGACUAUUUAUGAAUGUCGUUGAUUUGUUAGUAAAUGUAUUUGAAAUUAUAGUAACACUUCAUCAAGCAUGUGAUCUCAUUUCAUAUAAGAGUACCAG